AUGGUAGCCAUGCUCACAAUCCGAUUUCGUGCUAAGGCUGAUGGGCUUGAGUCUAGUAUCGUAUGCGCCAAUCAUAGUAACUCACUGACGGAUGCGCUUCUACUUGUGACUGCCAUUCCAUUCAAGAGGCGGAAUCUUUUACGACUAACGGCCAAAUCGACUCAAUUUGGGAGGAAGACACUCACUAGCUGGCUCAUUGAAUCAGCAGGAACUGUACCUAUCAAACGUAGGAAGGAUUAUCCAGAUGGUCAGGCUGAUAAUACGAAUGUCAUGUUGAAACUAAUAGAGGCGCUGGAGUAUGGAGAUGCUGUAUGUUUAUUUCCAGAGGGGAUGAGCAGGUAUCACCCUACCAUAGCGCCUCUGAAGACUGGAGUCGCUCGACUUGUGUCGGAUGUCCUCUCUAGGAAUCGCCAUAAGCCCGACUUCGAGGUGGCCGUAUUGACGUGUUCCAUUACAUACAUGCAUCGGCAGCACUUCCGUUCUGACGUUCUUGUAACAUUCAAUGCGCCCAUGAAGUUUACUCCAAGGAAUAACCCAGAGCUCCUCUUACCGGUAGAAUACGACAACAUUCGCGCUUUGACUGUACAAAUGCAUCAACAAAUCAGCUCUGGGACGCUUGAUGCGCCAUCAUGGAAAUUGAUACGCAACGCAAAACUUGCCGCGCGGAUUUAUGCCCCUCUCGGCACGACAAUGAGCCUCGGCGAUUACGUUCGCGUCGUGCGAACAUUUUUGGAAGCUUUCAAACUUGCUGAGCAGCCGGUAUCAGAGAGCGGGAGUGAGGGGGAGUUGGCCAAUCGAGAAGGCGCAUUGCGAGAAGACACCAAAAUUCGCAGGCUGGGAAAUGAUCUCAAAGUAUAUCAAGACAUGCUGGCACGUUGGGGCAUCAAGGACGACCGAGUCCGCAAGCCGCUUCCUGCACACAUAAUUAUCUACCGGAUCUUCGUCCGGCUCGGGUGGGCUAUCUUCCUCUUCACCAUCUCGAUUCCCGGCCUCCUUCUCUGGCUUCCAGUCUUUAUCGCGACCUUCAUCGCCGUCUCGCGAUUUAAGCGCACUGGUCCUGUCUGGGACACCUGGGAUGAGAUCGCUCAGUACAAGCUUAUCUACGGACUCGUGUCGGGGGUGUGCGUGUGGGGCAUCUCUGUUCUACUCACGCUUCCCUUCGCGCCUAUCACAGCAUUGCUUGUCCCCGGCUUAAUGUGGAUGGCGUUACGCUGGAUGGAGGAUGCCAUCUCCGCGUUCCGAGCGUUCGCGGCGCUGAUGCGACUACUGCGCAUGGGACAAUCAUGCUUCGCACAACUGCACGCGAUGCGAAAAGGUCUGCAUGAGCGAGUAACGGAGUUCGCUGUCAACACGCUUGGUCUACCGCCUGAUCCCGAGCACUACUUUGCCGAAAGCGGGGGAAAGGAGAAAGGGAGAGUGAAAGGGAGGUGGGCAAGCAAGACGAAAUAUUUCUCUGUCCGCCGACGGAGGAAACGCGACUGGAACGAGACACUCAGAUUAUAUGACCAAGUUGAUUAUCCAGAGGACGAAUGA